UGCUAUAUUUUCUACACGUUGUUGCGCCCUACAAACAGAAGUUGACGAGCGCCAUGGCUUUUCAUCCUCUUGGUAAAAUAGGAAGAAGACUGAAAAAGGAACUGCUCGGCACACGGCUCAAAUUGACUUUCAGUUUCGAUUCCUGCCAACUGAGGAGAACCGGUGCCAUGACACCGGAGCGGAGCAGAGCGGGAAGAAGCACGAUGGUGGACCUGGCCAACAUGGAGAGUGUGGAGAAGGAAUGCGGCGCCCUGGGGGGUCUUUUCCAGGCCAUCGUCAACGACAUGAAGUACUCUUAUCCUGUAUGGGAGGACUUCAGUGCCAAGGCCACUAAGCUGCAUUCACAGCUCAGAACAACAGUCCUGGCAGCAGUGGCCUUCCUUGAUGCCUUCCAGAAGGUUGCAGACAUGGCCACCAACACCAGAGGAGCCACGCGAGACAUCGGCUCGGCGCUGACCAGGAUGUGCAUGAGACAUCGCAGCAUCGAGGCCAAACUCAGGCAGUUCACCAACGCCCUGCUGGAGAGUCUGAUCACCCCCCUGGCAGACAAGAUGGAGGACUGGAAGAAGACGGCCAGCCAGCUGGACAAAGACCACGCCAAAGAGUACAAGCGCUCACGUCAGGAGAUCAAGAAGAAGUCGUCCGACACCAUCAAGCUGCAGAAGAAGGCGCGCAAAGGACGCGGCGACCUGCAACCUCAGCUGGACAGCGCGGUGCAGGACGUGACGGACAUGUGUCUGCUGAUGGAGGAGAUGGAGAAGCAGGCGGUGCGGCGCGCCCUGGUGGAGGAGCGCGGACGCUUCUGCACCUUCAUCGGCUUCCUGCAGCCCGUGGUGAACGGAGAGAUCGCCAUGUUGGGCGAGAUCACGCACCUCCAGGCCAUCAUCGACGACCUCACCCUGCUGACCUCUGACCCUCACAAACUCCCCCCCGCCAGUGAACAGGUGAUCCAGGAUCUGAAAGGUUCAGACUACAGUUGGUCCUAUCAGACUCCUCCCUCCUCCCCGAGCAGCUCCUGCUCACGCAAGAGCAGCAUGUGCAGCAGCGUGAACAGCGGGCACAGCAGCGCCUCGAGGUCAUCAGGUGGUGGUGGUGGUGGCGGUGUGGGCGGGGGCUCGCUGCCCCACUCCCCCUCCUCUUCCUCCAGCUCCUCCUACCGCCAGCGCAGCCUGCAGAGCCACCAGGCUCCGCCUGCAGGGGGCGUGGCUUGCCACCGCCUCAGCAGCGUGUCGUCACAUGACUCGGGCUUCGUGUCCCAGGACGCCAACAUCUACUCCAAGCCGCCCUCGCCAAUGCCCUCUGACCUCACCAGCCAGAAGUCCUCAAGCUCCGCCUCCUCAGAAGCUUCAGAAACGUGUCAGUCAGUCAGCGAAUGCAGCUCACCCACCACGGAUUGGUCCAAAGCAGGUUCCUACGAGCAGCCUGGCCCCGCCCCCAGGAGGAAGGAGGGGCCUCUGCGGGAGAAAGAGGGCUCGCCCACUGCUCAGGGACACGCCCCCUCGCACUCUGACGUCACUCACAGGUCCAGAGGGCCUUCAGCUGCCGCCGUUGCCAAGUGUGGGGACGACGGUUCUCCGGCAGCCGGCGACCUGGCCACGGUUCUGAGCCGAGGUCUGGGUGCCGAGCAGCAGAAGAGCAGCAGGGACUCUCUGCAGUUCUCCAGCGGGUACAGCACCGAGACCACCACCCCGUCCUGCUCCGAGGACACCAUCCCUUCUCAAGGUUCUGAUUUCGACUGCUACUCUGUGAACGGUGACGCCGAAGGUCCGGAGGCUCAGCCGGACUUCGACAAGUCCUCCACGAUUCCGCGUCACUCCAACAUCGGCCAGAACUACCGUCGUAUGAUCCAGACCAAGAGACCUGCCAGCACCGCCGGUUUACCCAGCGGGGUUCUGGGCCCAGGGGGUCACGUGGUACCUGGACAGCUUGCAGGCGCAGGGGGAGGAUCUGGGACUCCGGGGACCGCCACCAUUCGUAGAACCCCGUCCACCAAACCGGGCGUGAGGCGCACUCUGUCCAGCGCCGGCCCCAUUCCCAUCCGGCCUCCCAUCGUACCCGUCAAGACCCCCACCGUCCCCGGGGCCGGCGGCUACAUGGGCGGCGUUCCGGUGCGUGUGGGCAGCGAGGAGUGCGUCUACUUCACCGGGAGCGACGAGGCGCCGGGCGCGCUGGAUUACGUGAAGGCGUCGCCCAAGCGCCUCAGCCUCCCCAACACAGCCUGGGGAUCCGGGGCGGCGCUGGAGGUCUACGCCCAGCAACACGGGACGACUUUGGGGGGCGGGUCCGAGGAGGACCGGAUGAUCGCCGCCAACCGCCACAGCCUGGUAGAGAAGAUCGGCGAGUUGGUCGCCGGCGCGCACGCCCUCGGCGAAGGCCAGUUCCCCUUCCCUGCCCUGCCGGAUGACCCCGCCGCGGGGGAGGAGGGGGCAGAGGGCGCGUCCGGCGACAUGCUGACCACCAUCAGGAGAGGCGUCCGACUCCGCAAGACCGUUUCCAACGACCGGUCGGCGCCGCGCAUCUUGUGAUCCAACCCCCUUACGGGAAGGGGGAGGGGCCUCGCCGUGCGUGGCAGCAGAGUCCGGUAGAACUGAACUACCUUAUAUUUCAUACUCGGGCCAAUCAGAGACCUUCUAUUAACCAGACCGUGGGAGGGGAGGGGCUACCGCAGGAAGAGCAAAGGGAGGGGCUAGGUGGAGUGAGUGGGUGCAGGGGGAGGGGCCAGUGUGUCACAUGACCUGCUGGCUUGGAAUCUCAACUGUUUGACUGGACUGAAGCUUCACAACACGGGGAGCCGACCUCGGGGGGGGGGGGCCUUGAACCGUGUGUGUGUGUGUGUGUGUGUGUGUGUGUGUGCGUGUGUGUGUGCGUGUGUGUGUGUGUAAAUAUGAUGAUGACACAUAGACGUUUAUAUUUUGUAGAAAGAGAGCAAUAAGUUGUCAUUUCUGGCGUGAGGAAGAGGAAGUUGAGGAUGAAGAAGCACUUUGAUGAAGAGGAGGAGAAAUUAGAGUAGUCAGUGUUGUCCAAACGAGCGGAACACUUGAAUUCUUUCCAUCCCCGAAGCAAACUAACAUAUUCUGCCAGCUCUGCAUUCAAUAUAAAAGUCUUCAUCAGGAUUUUUCAAAGAUUGGUGACAGAUCUCCACUUGAAGCCUGCUUUGUGUUCUUUAAGACACUAAGAAACACUGCCUGUACGCUACCUAUGUGAGCUACAUGCUAACAUGGCGUUAGCAACAUUAGCAUAGCUAGCUAAACUACAUGCUACCUUCAUAUUUUAACAUCAUGCUACUUUAGCAACACUAGCAUAGCUAUGUCAGCUACAUGCUAACAUGACGUUUUAACAUCAUUUUAGGUUAGCAACAUUAGCAUAGCCAUCUAAACUACAUGCUGACUUUUUAUUUUAACAUCAUGAUAGGUUAGCAAGACUUGCAUAGCUAUGUGAGCUACAUGCUAAUGUGACAUUUUAAAAUCAUGCUAAGUUAGCAACAUUAGCAUAGCUAUCUAAACUACAUGCUAACUUUAUGUUUUAACAUCAUGCUAGUUUAGCAACACUAGCAUAGCUGUGUGAGCGACAUGCUAACAUUAUAUUUUAAGAUCAUGCUAGUUUAGCAACACUAGCAUAGCUGUGUGAGCUACAUGCUAACAUUAUAUUUUAACAUCAUGAUAGGUUGGCAACGCUAGCAUAGCUAUGUGAGCUACAUGCUAACAUUAUAUUUUAACAUCAUGAUAGGUUGGCGACGCUAGAAUAGCUAUGUGAGCUACAUGCUAAUGUGCCUUUUUAACAUCAUGCUAAGCUAGCAACAUUAGCAUAGCUAUGUGAGCUACAUGCUAAAAUGACGUUUUAACUUAAUUUUAGGUUAGCAACAUUAGCAUAGCCAUCUAAAAUACAUGCUGACUUUUUAUUUUAACAUCAUGAUAGGUUAGCAAGACUUGCAUAGCUAUGUGAGCUACAUGCUAAUGUGACAGUUUAACAUAAUGCUAAGUUAGCAACGUUAGCAUAGCUAUCUAAACUACAUGCUAACUUUAUGUUUUAACAUCAUGCUAGUUUAGCAACACUAGCAUAGCUAUGUGAGCGACAUGCUAACAUGACAUUUUAACAUAAUUUUAGGUUGGCAACAUUAGCAUAGCCAUCUAAACUACAUGCUGACUUUUUAUUUUAACAUCAUGAUAGGUUAGCAAGACUUGCAUAGCUAUGUGAGCUACAUGCUAAUGUGACGUUCUAACAUCAUGCUAAGUUAGCAACAUUAGCAUAGCUAUCUAAACUACAUGCUAACUUUAUGUUUUAACAUCAUGCUAGUUUAGCAACACUAGCAUAGCUAUGUGAGCGACAUGCUAACAUUAUAUUUGAACAUCAUGCUAGUUUAGCAACACUAGCAUAGCUAUGUGAGCUACAUGCUAACAUUAUAUUUUAACAUCAUGAUAGGUUGGCAACGCUAGCAUAGCUAUGUGAGCUACAUGCUAACGUGACUUUUUAACAUCAUGCUAAGUUAGCAACAUUAGCAUAGCUAUGUGAGCUACAUGCUAAUAUGACAUUUGAACAUCAUGCUAGCGUGAAGAAAUGCUAAAUGUUGACACUCCCACGUCUGGCUGACUGACAGUUGUCAGGACGUAGUUUUAAGAUGUGUAGUGAAGCCUGAGGAAGAGACAACAAAUAGAAUGUUUGUGAGAUGGAAAAUAGAAUUGUUGGUGUUCAUAAAGAAAUAUAACUGUGACAACAUCAUUAAAAAGACAUUUGUCCACA